AUGGCAAUGAACAACGGAAUGAAGAAGCGUGUCGUUGUUGUAGUCAUAACGUAUUUGGAGUCUUUGAAUCGAUUGAUUGCAAUAUUAAUUAGUAUGUGUGCUUUGUUAUUGGCGAAUAUUGCAAGACGGAGAAGUAACAGGAAUAGAUUAAUUUGGGAUUGUUAUGGUAGGGCGUCGUCUAGGGAAAUCAAUUUCCAUAGAAUAGUUUAUAUGAGUGACAGGGCUUGUAUUGAGAAUACAAGGAUGGACAGAACUUGUUUUUUUAAGUUGUGUGAGAUGCUGAAAACUGUUGGGAGGCUUGAAGCCACCCGACACAUGGGGGUAGAAGAGAUGGUUGCAUUAUUUCUUCACAUCUUGGCGCAUGAUGUUAAGAAUAGAGUUAUUAAAAGACAAUUCAUGAGGUCUGGCGAAACCAUAAGCAGACAGUUCACAAAUGUCUUGCUGGCUGUUUUACGUUGUCAUAAAGUUUUACUCAAACGACCUCAGCCAGUCCCCGAAAAUUCAACUGAUGAGAAGUGGAAAUGGUUUAAGAAUUGUUUGGGAGCUCUGGAUGGGACACACAUCAAGAUCAACCCCUUACAAGGUGAUAAGCCUAGAUAUCAGACUAGGAAGGGUGAAAUAGCAACAAAUGUGUUAGGUGUUUGUUCUCAAGAUUGUCAGUUUAUAUAUGUAUUGCCUGGAUGGGAGGGAUCGGCUGCAGAUUCGAGAGUCCUCAGAGAUGCUAUAUCUCGAACGAAUGGAUUACGGGUGCCAAAAGAAUUUUAUUAUCUGUGUGAUGUUGGUUACAUGAAUGGGGAAGGAUUCCUUGCACCUUAUCGAGGGCAAAGGUAUCAUCUAAGCGAGUGGAGGCAGGGAGCACAUCCAACAACACCACAAAAAUUCUUUAACAUGAAACACUCUUCCGCCAGGAAUGCCAUAGAGCGAUGUUUUGGGAUGUUGAAGGGGCGAUGGGCGAUAAUAAGGUCAAAGUCAUUUUAUCCGGUCAAAACACAGUGCAGAAUAAUAACUGCAUGUUGCUUGCUUCACAACCAUAUUAGGCGAGAAAUGGCAAGUGACCCUAUGGAUGACCAUGCAGAGGAUAUGCAAGAGACACAUCCUGAUGUUGGAGAUAACAUGCUCAUUACUCAUGUAGAGUCAUCUACUGCUUGGACUAAUUGGAGAGAUAAUUUGGCGCAAGAGAUGUUUAACACUUGGAGGAGACGUGCAUGA